AUGAGAACAACAUCCUUCAUCCUGUUCCUGACUGUGACACUUGCGACCAUAUUCAAGAUAGUAUGUGCCACAGAAGAGUACCAGGUUAAUUGCAAACCUUAUCAAAACCUACCACCAGAAGAACUAAGAUUUUGUCCUCUAGUCUAUGAACCAAUUUGUGGAUCUGAUGGCAAAGCAUAUUCCAAUGAAUGUAUCUUUUGUUUUAAAGUUAAGGAAACUGAGGAAAAUCUUAAAUUUCUACAUUUUGGAAACUGUUGA